UCCUGUCCUAAUCUCCCAAUUCUCUGGGAUUAGUGGCGUGGGCUACCUGGCCUGCCAUCGUGGGGUUUUUAUGGGAAUUUAUGUUGAUGCAGUUAACUCUUUGGGCCAAACAGCACUUUUUGUUGCAGCAUUAUUGGGCCUUACAAAGGUAGUUGAUGUUCUGGUGGAUUAUGGAUCAGACCCAAAUCACCGCUGCUUUGAUGGGAGCACACCUGUUCAUGCAGCAGCAUUUUCAGGAAAUCAGUGGAUCCUUAGCAAACUGCUGGAUGCAGGAGGUGACCUGCGGCUCCAUGAUGAGAAGGGUCGAAACCCACAGACCUGGGCCUUGGCAGCAGGGAAGGAUCGCAGCACUCCGAUGGUGGAGUUUAUGCAGCGCUGUGCCUCACACAUGCAGGCCAUCAUCCAGGGCUUCUCUUAUGAYCUUCUGAAGAAGAUAGACUCCCCUCAACGGCUCAUUUGCAGCCCGCCCUGGUUUGGGGGUCUCAUGCAGGGGAACCCUAAUGGCUCUCCUAACCGGCUGCUUAAAGCUGGAGUCAUUUCUGCCCAAAAUAUCUACAGCUUUGGAUUUGGGAAGUUUUAUCUCACAGGGGGGACGCAACUUGCCUAUCUAGGAUCUCUUCCGGUAAUUGGAGAAAAGGAAGUGAUUCAAGCUGAUGAUGAACCCACUUUCUCUUUCUUCAGUGGCCCCUACAUGGUCAUGACUAACCUGGUGUGGAAUGGGAGCAGGGUCACAGUGAAAGAACUGAAUCUCCCCACUCACCCUCACUGCAGCAGGCUGCGACUGGCUGACUUGUUGAUUGCUGAGCAGGAGCACAGCAGCAAGCUGCGGCACCCUCACCUGCUACAGCUGAUGGCUGUGUGCUUAUCCCAGGACUUGGAGAAGACCCGGCUUGUGUAUGAGCGCAUCACCAUUGGCACUCUGUUCAGUGUUCUCCAUGAACGACGGUCCCAGUUCCCAGUGCUGCACAUGGAGGUGAUUGUGCCCUUACUGCUCCAGAUCGCUGAUGCCCUGAGAUACCUGCAUUCUCGAGGGUUUGUCCACCGCUCCCUCAGUUCCUACGCUGUCCACAUCGUCUCCACAGGGGAAGCAAGACUGACGAACCUGGAGUACAUGAUGGAAAGCCAGGACAGUGGUAUACACAGGGACCUGACUCGAGUACCCCUCCCCACUCAGCUGUACAAUUGGGCCGCUCCGGAGGUGAUCUUACAGAAGGCGGCCACAGUGAAGUCAGAUGUCUACAGCUUUUCCAUGAUCAUACAAGAGAUUUUAACAGACAACAUACCCUGGAAUGGCUUAGACGGCUCAGUUAUUAAAGAAGCUGUAGUCUUGGGAAAUURUUUAGAGGCUGAUGUCAGGCUUCCAAAACCUUACUAUGAUAUUGUUAAAUCAGGCAUCCAGGUCAAGCAGAAAGACCGAACUAUGAACCUUCAAGAUAUCCGGUAUAUUCUGAAGAAUGACUUAAAGGAAUUUAUUGGAGCCCAAAGAACUCAGCUAACUAAGAGCCCCAGGGCACAGAGAUAUGAACCCCAUCCUGAUGUCAGUGUCUAUCUAGGAUUGACUUCAGAACAUCCAAAAGCAACCUCAGACUUGGAAAUCAAAGAGCUAAAGGAAACAGGUAGUCAGCCACAUUCACCAAGGRGUCACUUUUCUCCCACCGCAAAGGUAACAUUAGCUCCUCAGAUCCCUGAUUCAAGUCUGAUGGCCCAGGAAUCUCAGAAUCCAGGUACUCCUUUUCCAGCCCCUCCAUUUAUGGCAGAAGAGAUCCACAACCCCCGAACAAGUCAGGAAAGUCUCUGUAGCUUUGAAAUCAAUGAGAUCUACUCAGGCUGUUUACAUUUGGGGGAUGACAGAGAGGAGGAGCACCCAGGAACUGCUUCAUCUCUUGAGGGGUAUAGACCAAACCUGGUAGGUGAACUGCAGUCUAUGGAAGAAGAGUUAGAGAAGAUGGAGAGAGAGGCUUACUUUUGUGAUGAAGAUGAGAGCUCUUCAGAAGUUGACACAGAGCUCUCCUUUGGGUACUGGCAAAAUGGUUCACUUGCUUCACUCAGCCUACCUGAGCCAACCAGAGAAGCCAAGGGCAAAGUGAGCAGCAGGUCCAUGACUGAGGAGUACAUCAGUAAGUGUGUGCUGAAUCUGAAGAUUUCACAGACGUUAAUGCACCAGAAUGCUGAUUUGCUGAGGAACACCCAGCAGAAAAUAGAUGAACUUGAGUUGUUAGAGAAUGAGCAGGAAACAUGCAGGUCUUUAUGGGCUACUUCAAGAGAGUUUUCAGACACCUAUGACUCACCUUCAGCCCUGGGCCCCCCAGCUUUGAGUUAUAUUCCUCCUGUCAUGCAGCUCUCAUGGAGUCCCAAGUCAGACACCAGUGGCAAUUGCCCAACCCUGGCAAGGUCUCCAAGAACACUGCCAACUGUUUGUGGCCCUGGAAAACAGAACAUUGAUGAGCAAUCUCAGACCACUCAAGGAGCCAAGAACAGUUUGGAAAGAAGCAGGAACCAAAAUAGUAGCCAGGGAAGGCCUAGAGAUACCAGUGAGCGAGCCCAAGUCACACAGCUAAGUAGUAUACUCUUUCCGGAGUCAAGCCACUCAAAAAGACCUGCUGGGUCACCCAGCCUUCACCAGGGCUUUGCAAGGACCAGUGUAGAAGGUGUGUCUUCUGAAAUCUAUAAUACAAAGUCAAGAAAUAAUGAAGAUGAUGGAGAGAUACACAUAAAAUGGAAAAUGGAAGUGAAAGAAAUGGCAGAGAAAGCAGCUACUGGGCAGCUCACAGUACCUCCUUGGCAUCCUCAAAGUACUUUGACUUUAAACAGUGAAGCUGAAAAUCAGCUUGCUCCUUUGAUGCAGCCCCCUGUUAAGGGCCCUCAAAACAUGGACUGGAAGCAAGUUGUAGUGUAUCACAGAGAAAAUGAUGAGCCAGGAGGAAAUGUCAAAUUUGGAAAAAUGGACAGUAGUGGCUGUGACAGUGACAAGCACAGCAAACAGCCUGAGCCUCAAAGAUUCACCAGUAUCAGGCACCUGUCCCCCAGAAAAAAUGAGCAGCCAGAGCAUAGUGAAUCCUUUCAAGCAAGUUCUGAUGCAUCUGUGGCAGUUGAGAAAUCCUACAGUGACCAAUCUGUACAAUCAACUUGUUCACCAGAAUCUUCUGAAGACAUAACAGAUGAAUUUUUAACUCCAGAAUAUGAGUAUUUUUACUCCUCUACUGUUCAAGAAAACUUAGCUCUAGAGACCUCAAGUCCCAUAGAAAAGGACUUUGAAGAAAUACAAGGUGCCUUUGCCCACCCUCCAGUCUGUGGUAAGGAAAUAUUCCAAAUGAGAAAAAUCCUUGGAAGGAAUGCUGAGAUUUUGACCAGGCCUCAAUUUCAACCUAUACAAAGUAUUGAAGGAAAACAAGAAGAGACAUUAAAGGAAUCACCAAAGGAACUGAAAGAGAAAGACAUAUCAUUGACAGAUAUUCAAGACCUGUCUAGUAUCUCCUAUGAACAAGAUAGCUCUUUUAAGAAAGCCUCAUGCAAGACACCCAAAAUAAACCAUGCACCUACUAGUGUCAGCACUCCACUUAGCCCAGGGUCAAUUUCUUCAUCUGCCAGUCGGUAUAAAGACUGCCUAGAAAGUAUCACACUUCAGGAUCRAACAAGGUCUACCUCUUGCUGGAAUAGCCAAGAAUCUAUUCGAAUUUUUUCUGAUAAAUUUAUAACCAUUCGAGAGAAAGCAAAGAGCCUGGAUUCUCUCCUUACUUCCUCUGAGACUCCUGCUCCAAAACUGAUCAAUCUGAAAAGAUUGUCUGCAUGUGCUGUAGUUGGUUCCUCUAGUAUGGCUACCACAUCUGACACAUCAACCCAAGCCACCCAGAGAAGGAGCCUGCCUAAAGAACUAAUGGAAGCCAUUUCACAGCAUCACAUUGAUGAGCUACCACCACCAUCUCAGGAGCUACUUGACGAAAUUGAGCACCUGAAGCAGCAGCAGAAUUCAUCCACAGUGUUGCAUGAGAACACAGUACAUGAUCUGGGCAUCACUGCAAAUGAUCAAAAGCAUUUAGAAGAACAAGAAACURACCAUAAUAAAAAUGAUAACAUUUUGCUUUGGACAAGAGAAACUGAGGAUCUAGAAGAGGACACAGAGAGAGCUCAUUCUACUCUUGAUGAAGAUCUGGAAAGAUGGUUUCAGCCAUCUGAGGAGAGCAUGGAGCAGCAGGACCCCCACAAAGGCUCUACAAGGGAGAAAGCAACCAAUGAUCAAGAAGUUGGUGAAAAGCAUAGAAAAAGGGAAAAAAGCAUCAAGCCAGAGAGAAGGAAAUCAGACAGCUUUUUAGGGGCUUCAGAAGAAGAUGAACUAAAACCGUGUUUUUGGAAGCGACUGGGUUGGUCUGAACCAUCCAGGAUAAUUGUGCUGGAUCAGAGUGACUURUCAGAUUGACUGGAAAUGGAUCACAGAUGGAUUCUGACCCAAGUUUGAGCAUCUUGGUUGUGAGCUCUUCUUUCUUCUGCUGCAGUUGCCAUUGGGGCAGUGGUUCCAGUUCCUUAACUCACAAUUUGUUCAGCUGCUACAGUAGACAUAAUGGUUUGGCCCCAUCUGUGGGCAGCAUAUGUAACCAUUUGUUUUUCCAUCAAAUUUCUGAAAAGUGUAAGGUAGUUGCAAUUUUAAAAUUUUCUCAUUGUGCUCAGAAUGGUUUUUGGUUUUGUUGGUGUUAAUUUUUUUGAAUAUUUUAACUCCUGUUAUAUAAUAAAAUGUUUAUUUUCAAUACCAUUUAGGUUCCAGCUAUGUAUUUCUGUGUUUAAGAAUUGGGCGUGGGGGGUGGGGAAAGGAACUUCUAUUCAAAAACCUUCAAUUUCUGUUAUAGGGUUUGGCACAUGGGCAGCUACCUUCAUAUAUGCUGGUACCAGUUGUCCCUGUUUUAUCAUAGAAAUACUGCCCAACCUUUUGGCUGGGAUUGCCCUAUUCCCAUUCCAGCUAGAAGCAACUUAGUAAGAGAUAACAAUAAAAUGCUAAGAUUUUUUGAACUGUUCAAGGUAAACAACAUCUUCUCCAUGUGUUUUUGAUUGUGAAUCCCACAUCAUUAGUGUAC